UGAUGUAUCGUUAGUUAAUUGUAACUGUAAGAGAGACUAUAUCAAGAUGAAGAUUGAGAAGGAGAAGCUGACCAACCAGCUCUCCUCCUCCAGUCAGAAGACUAAGAAGAGGAUGAGACCGAGGGGUUCUAUGCCGUCCUCCUGGUUUACUCUGCCUACUGAUCUUCAAGCUAUGGAGGAUAAAAUAGAACAAGAGCUGCUGGCAACCAGAGAGGAAAGUAGAGAGAAAUGGAGCAGUCAGUAUUCCUUCUUUCUGGGAGUGAUAGGAAGUGCAGUGGGCCUGGGCAACAUUUGGCGGUUUCCUUCCUUAAUUGCAAUGUUUGGAGGCGGCCCCUUUAUUGUGGCGUAUAUAAUAGUCCUGCUCCUGAUCGGACUCCCUAUGAUGACGUUGGAGCUUACUCUGGGGCAGAAGUUUCAGGGCGGAGAUGUGGACGCGUUCGGGUCCAUCAACCCUCGCUUCAGAGGUAUUGGGGUCGCGUCAGUACUCUGCUCCUUCAUCGCCUCCACUAACUACACAGUUAUCCUGUCCUGGGCAGCUAUAUACUUCUUCGAGAGUAUGGUACCUUCACUCCCCUACUCCAUACAAUCCAAGGAAGGAGCCACUAAUGGGACUUACACUUUUGAUAGAUAUAUUCACGGGGCUAUACUUCACUUCAAUAACACUCACUUCGGCGCCGAGACGCUAGACUCAGUCCACGGUAACUUCAACUGGAAGUCUUUUGGAGCACUGCUCCUAAUCUGGCUGCUUAUCUACGCCUGUAUCUUCAAAGGGAUAAGAGUUGUCAGUCACGUUGUCAAGGUUACAGCUACUGUGCCCCUUUUCAUCAUCAUCAUUCUAGCUGUUAUGGGUUCAUUCCAAGAAGGAGCUACAAGUGGUAUCCUGGUGUACCUGGGGGUUGAGAAAGAGGAACUAACAGUAGAUCAGCAGGACUCCACCCCUACCUGGUCCGUGCUGGGUAACAAGGAUAUCUGGAUAAGAGCUAUUGGCCAGGUCUUCUUCUCUCUGGGUCUCUGUAUGGGGUGUGUCACCGCUUACAGCUCCUUCAACCCUAAGAACCAGAACAUCUCCAGGGAUGGCAAGAUUAUCUGUGUCAGUGACUUCCUGGCCUCGCUUCUAGCGGGAGUUAGUGUGUACGAAAUGCUGGGGUUCGUCAAGAGAAUGUGUGAAGAGACAGCAGAGGACAAGUCCCUCUGUAAGAAUAUUUACAGUAAAGGGGGGUUCGAGCUAGCAUUCGUCACCUACCCGGCAGGGAUUGCCAUGUCCUACGCUCCCAACCUGUGGGGAAUCCUCUUCUUUGGCUGCUUACUCUUCCUCGGUAUCGACAGCGCCUUCUCCAUGAUAAUAGCCUUUACCACAGUGCUGGAAGAUGCCUGGUUUGCAAAGAGGUGGAAACUCACUAAACCAGUGCUGACUGCUGUAGUUUGUAUUGUCGGCUUCCUCCUUGGGUUUAUCUACCUCUUUGAUACGGGGUACUUCCUCAUGGAUAUAGCUGACCACUAUCUUAAUGACUGGUGUCUCAUGCUCAUCGGAUUCGUGCAGGCAGUCGCUUGUGGGUGGGUCUAUCAGGCACCGUACCAAGCUAAGAGAGUGGGGAAGUUCUCCGUUGUCCUGUAUGACAUGUGCUUCUUUGUAGCGAUCACCCUGGGAGUGAUAAUCGCAGUGAGCGGCAACAAGGACAGUGAUGUGGACGUGAUCUGGGUCGGAGUCUUUAUCGGGAUGUUUGUGUGGAUAUUUGGUCUGGUAGCUGCUGUCCUCCUCUCCAAGGGAAGGGUUAAUGGUAUUGGGGAGAAGGUGUGGUGUAUUGCAGGCUGGCACGGUCCUGAUAUGAUCAGGAGGAUGGUUAACAAGGAGUAUGAAGCGGAGUGGGAGCCGGGGCACUUCAGAGAUGAGAUAAAAGCACUGCUCAGAUUCGACAUGAUCAGUGCUCCAUUCGGGUUUCUUAUUAAGUACAUAAUACCAGGCGUGCUACUACUUCUAGUAGGGUUAGCGCUUAGCAGGGACCUACAGGAGCCCUAUAACGGGUAUACGGUGGAGUACAACCUGUUAGGUAUCCUUAUUGUUGUGUCAGUUCUCUCUUGCAUGCUCAUCCUCUUCCUCUUCCCCCGACUCUGGUACGAUAUAUCCUACUGUGGAACUACUCCUACUUUCUCUUCUUGGUUAAAGUGGGUGUUCGUUCCAAAGAGCGUCAACAGAGUGGAGGAUUUGGCGCUGGCAAGAAAAAGGUCGACUGCAGCGUGACUACAGAGCGACUACAGCGUGAAUGCAGCGUGACUGCAGCGUGACUACAGCGUAA